AUGUUCAGACAGUUUCACCGAAGGCUUGCCAUCACUAUCGGUGUGGCCGUCGGUUCCGGUGCCGCCACUAUAGCCACCAUAAGAGCCAAAAGUGUCAAUAAAGAGGACAUUCAAUCAAAGCAGACGUUGGAACCGAUCGCCGACAAGAACCUGAAGCCCGUAAACAGUGUGGACAGCAAUGGUGUGGAUGUGAGACACUGCGAAGACAUAAUCAACUCCUGUAUCACUCGACUGAGUCAAUGGCAACAACUGAAUAAUAUUCCCGGUUUUGUGGUCGGAGUGAGUCUUAGGGGACAUAACGUAUGGAUCCAUUCGGAAGGGUUCGCAGACAUCGAGAACGGAGUCAAAUGCAACGACAAGACAGUGAUGAGGAUCGCAUCCAUCAGCAAAUCCAUGACAUCGUUAUUGUUGGCUAAACUGAUCCAAGAGAAGCGCAUCGAUUUGGAUAAACCUAUUAACCAGUACUUGACUAAAGACCAGUUCCCCGACAAGUACUGGGAGGGCAAGAGAGUGGACAUCACUCUGAGACAGUUGGCCUCACAUUUGGGAGGAAUCCGACACUACAAGAGGGAACAGAAGGCAGAGACCAAACCGGCGGACAACAGCGGCUAUCAAUUGGGAGAAUUCUGGGCCCCGGAGUACUACCUGAAGGAGACGUUCCCAUCGGUGAUGGACUCAUUGAAACUGUUCAAAGACGACCCAUUGGUGUCCAAACCGGGAGAUAAAUACCAUUACACGACACUCGGCUAUACGUUGAUUAGUGCUGUCAUUGAGAGCCAACUAAACGGCGAAAAAUUUCUGAGAGAAGAGUUGGGGUUAGAGAACACAUAUCUGGACCAAAACGACCCGAUUAUCUACAAUCGGAGCCAUUUCUAUAUGAAGGACGGACCCAAUUGUCGCAUUACUAAUGCCCCGUAUGUUGACAACAGCUACAAGUGGGCCGGAGGGGGACUACUGUCCAACGUGUACGACCUCUUGAAGUUCGGCAAUAUUAUGCUAUACAGCUAUAAGGGCGGCACCGCUGACGGAAAACCCGGUCUCAUCAGCAAAGAGAUUGUGGAUAUGAUGUGGACUCCGGCAGAGAAUACCAGAGAGAAGCGACAGUUUGGUGGAUACGGUAUCGGUUGGACGGCUAUUAGGGAUGAAACGGGUGAACAUGCCUUCUGUUCAGAGCCGGUGUUCCCUAAUCUGUUUGGACAUACGGGCGGUGCGAUUGGCGCCACUUCUAUACUGCUCAUUGAGCCCAAGAAUGAACUCAUUGUCUCCAUAAUAGCCAACUCUACAGCUUCACAAAAUACAAGACUUGAUUGGGACAGACGUUGGGGUGGAUAUGGUCUGGGAUGGGGUGUAAUCCGAGAUGUGAAGUCAAAGUACGCGUUCAGUGCUGAGCCAUUAUCUCCUAAUAUGUUCUCGCAUACCGGCGCUGCCAUAGGCUCCUCAUCUGUGAUACUGAUUGAGCCGAACAGCGAACUAAUCAUUACUAUAAUAACUAAUUUACAAAACGUGAACUCAAUUUACACGAUGGCUGUGGACAUCGCACAAGAGUUCACCGCAAAACACUUAUCAGCGCAACAAUUGUUGCAAAUCUUGUCUCAAAACCAAAUACCCGACAAUUGACUACAAACUAAAUCUCAUUCCUAGUAAUCAAUGCUAAAUGACUGCUCAAAAAGUGCCACAAACUAG